UCCGUGCCCGGCGGCCUCAGCCCUGAGGCGCUGCGUGGCUCGGCAGCCGCGAAACCCCCCGGUAUUCCCCGGUGCGCGUGGGGAAACACACCGCGUUUCCUCGAACCCGUCCGAGCGGCCCCGUCGGACUUCCCCGGGCAAGCGAGGCCGGGAGCAGCCGGACCUCCCGGCCCGAAAGGCGCCGUGGAGGGGCAGUCCCGCUCCCACGCGUCUAUCUCCUUAUUUUAAUGCCUGCUCAACUGGUCCGCCUCGCUGAGUCAAAGGGCUCCUGAGGUCACCGAGCGUCUCAAUGUAACUGCGCCCGCAGCUCGGUGCUCUGCGCUUACGGAAGUGACAUGGGGAGACAGUGCCGCGCGGGGCCGCCGUGCCGGGACGGAGCCCGGCGAAACGCGAUGGAAGCUCAGCCCGAGCCGGCCGUACCGCCGGGAGGCCCCGGGGAAGGCGGCGCUGCGGUUCGGAUGCGGCGCUCCUCCCUGCGCUCACCAUAGAGCUGCGGGCGGCGCCCUCCUCAGCGUCGGCAUUUCCGGGCGGCGCCGCGUCACGUCCGGGCGGCGGAGAUGCCGGUUAAACCAAAUAUUUGCGCAACACAACUUUGUGCAGGAGGACCAUCGCUUUGUUUUAUACUUCAGAAAAUAUAAGAAUGAGUCGAGUGUUGUUCUCUCUGAAUUAAAAGUAUAUAUCUGUGCCUUGCUGAGGACAGCUGCAGGAAUCAAACACUUGAAUCAAUGUUAUCGGAUGAGUUAGAAUCCAAACCAGAGCUGCUGGUUCAGUUUGUUCAGAAUACUUCUAUUCCACUAGCUCAAGGGCUGGUGGAAUCAGAGCCAAAAGACAUCACCUGUCUUUCUCUCCUUCCUGUUACUGAGACCUCAGAAUGCAACAGACUCAUGUUACCAGAUGAUGAAAGAGAUCUCACUUCUCCAAGUCACGCUAAUUCUUCCAAAGAUGUCUCUUCAUCUGCUGUGUUGAGGAGCCUCCAGGUAAAUGUGGGCCCUGAUGGAGAGGAAACAAGGGUACAGAAUGUACAGAAACCAUCUGAACUUCUGUCAUCUCCAGAGACUUCCAGUUUAUUGCAAGACCUGCAGCCCAGUGACAGCACUUCAUUUAUUCUUCUCAACCUAACAAGAGCAGGGCUGGGCUCUCCAGCAGAGCACUUGGUGUUUGUUCAAGAUGAAGCAGAAGAUUCUGGGAAUGACUUUCUCUCUCACGAUAGCACAGACAGCAGUACUCCAUGGUUCCUGCGGGUGCAAGAAUUGGCCCAUGACAGUUUGAUUGCUGCAACUCGAGCACAGCUCGCUAAGAAUGCCAAAGCAAGCAAUAAUGGUGAAAAUGUUCAUCUUUGCUCAGGAGAUGGGCAACCGAAAGACUCAAGCCCCAUUCCUCACUUAUCUCGUGUGGAAAGGAAGUUGAAAUGCACAGUUGAAGGCUGCGAUCGGACGUUUGUGUGGCCAGCUCACUUCAAAUAUCAUCUGAAAACACAUCGGAAUGAUCGUUCCUUCACCUGCCCAGCAGAAGGCUGUGGAAAAAGUUUUUAUGUCUUGCAGAGGCUGAAGGUGCACAUGAGAACUCACAAUGGUGAAAAACCCUUUGUUUGUACAGAGCUGGGUUGUGGGAAACAAUUUACAACAGCUGGAAAUCUGAAGAACCACCUACGAAUUCACACUGGGGAAAAACCCUUUCUGUGUGAAGCACAGGGAUGUGGUCGCUCCUUUGCUGAGUACUCCAGCCUUCGAAAACAUUUAGUUGUCCACUCAGGAGUGAAGCCCCAUCAGUGCCAAAUUUGUGGGAAGACAUUUUCCCAGAGUGGUAGCAGAAAUGUGCAUAUGAGGAAACACCAUUCCCGAAUUGGAACAGGUGGCAGCAGAGAGCAAGAACAACCAGAAUCGUUGAUGGGCAGUAGUUUGCUGGAAGAAUCUACAGUGCAUAGUAAGAAUCUCAUCUCUGUGAACUCUCAGCCCAGCCUUGGUGUGGAGUCUCUACAUCUGCCAGAUACUGAGUCUAUUAUCGGAGUAGAGGAGGGUGAGACUGGCUGCUCUUUCUUCCGCCCUCUUAUAUGUAGUGACUGAAGUGGGAUUGAUUGCUCCUCCUAGAGACUCACCAUGUUGCAGUGGGAUGAGUAAACGUUGCUUUAACUGUGCACAGAGCAAGUUGGGUAGAUGGCAAACAAAUGAUAACGCUGGAGCUGGAGAAGACAUACUGGACCAAGUUUCUCUCUGCAGAGCUCAAAAUGUGGUCUACUGCUUAAAUGUCAUUUAGCCCAUGUCGUGGAACACCAUUUCAAAACUGUUCAUGCAGUCCAUUCUCCUAAAGCCUAAAGCACUUGUUACAUUGGAGCACUUAGAAGUUCCAGUUAAGGACCAGGAUCUCAUUGUGUUAGGCACUGUACUGAAUGUACAAACAUUCAGUAUCUUGAGCAACAGGCCUUUCAUCCUUUACCUUCAGAGACUAUAUUCUAAUACAUCUCACUAUCAGGAGCUGACUUAAUAUCUGAAAUAAAUGUACUACUUGGUAUCAUUUAAUUACAACUGCUGUGUUCUUUUCCAGUUGCUUCUUUUCUGAAAAUUUCUUUGAUAUAUUAAGCUCUAUAAAUUACUCUACUAUGUAGAUAUUUUGAAUUUUUGUUAAGAUAAAGUCAUUUUCUUCAUUCAUUCUUCACAUUCUGUCAUUCUGUGAUUCAGAAUUAGCAUUAUUAAGGAAGCAGAAUUUUGCUAAGAUACUCUGCAUUUGUUAUGGCUCCUGUGUGAAGACAAUGAAUUUAUAUUGCUCCCCAGCUAAUGUAAAUGUAGUGCUGCUGCUGGUAAAGGUAUUACAAUUUGGAGGUUCUUGCAGAAGCAAGAAGGUGAAUUUCAGUCUAGGGGACAGCACUCAGCAGAUGCAAUGUUUAGAAUGCUCAACUGAAAAAAGAGGGGGAAAAAAAAAACACAAGAAAA